AUGGGGGAACAGGGAAUGAGGGAACAGGAUGGGGGAACAGGGAAUGAGGGAACAGGAGGUGGGGGAACAGGGAAUGAGGGAACAGGAGGUGGGGGAACAGGGAAUGAGGGAACAGGAGGUGGGGGUACAGGGAAUGAGGGAACAGGAGGUGGGGGUACAGGGAAUGAGGGAACAGGAGGUGGGGGUACAGGGAAUGAGGGAACAGGAGGUGGGGGUACAGGGAAUGAGGGAACAGGAGGUGGGGGUACAGGGAAUGAGGGAACAGGAGGUGGGGGUACAGGGAAUGAGGGAACAGGAGGUGGGGGUACAGGGAAUGAGGGAACAGGAGGUGGGGGUACAGGGAAUGAGGGAACAGGAGGUGGGGGUACAGGGAAUGAGGGAACAGGAGGUGGGGGUACAGGGAAUGAGGGAACAGGAGGUGGGGGUACAGGGAAUGAGGGAACAGGAGGUGGGGGUACAGGGAAUGAGGGAACAGGAGGUGGGGGUACAGGGAAUGAGGGAACAGGAGGUGGGGGUACAGGGAAUGAGGGAACAGGAGGUGGGGGUACAGGGAAUGAGGGAACAGGAGGUGGGGGUACAGGGAAUGAGGGAACAGGAGGUGGGGGUACAGGGAAUGAGGGAACAGGAGGUGGGGGUACAGGGAAUGAGGGAACAGGAGGUGGGGGUACAGGGAAUGAGGGAACAGGAGGUGGGGGUACAGGGAAUGAGGGAACAGGAGGUGGGGGUACAGGGAAUGAGGGAACAGGAGGUGGGGGUACAGGGAAUGAGGGAACAGGAGGUGGGGGUACAGGGAAUGAGGGAACAGGAGGUGGGGGUACAGGGAAUGAGGGAACAGGAGGUGGGGGUACAGGGAAUGAGGGAACAGGAGGUGGGGGUACAGGGAAUGAGGGAACAGGAGGUGGGGGUACAGGGAAUGAGGGAACAGGAGGUGGGGGUACAGGGAAUGAGGGAACAGGAGGUGGGGGUACAUGGAAUGAGGGAACAGGAGGUGGGGGUACAGGGAAUGAGGGAACAGGAGGUGGGGGUACAGGGAAUGAGGGAACAGGAGGUGGGGGUACAGGGAAUGAGGGAACAGGAGGUGGGGGUACAGGGAAUGAGGGAACAGGAGGUGGGGGUACAGGGAAUGAGGGAACAGGAGGUGGGGGUACAGGGAAUGAGGGAACAGGAGGUGGGGGUACAGGGAAUGAGGGAACAGGAGGUGGGGGUACAGGGAAUGAGGGAACAGGAGGUGGGGGUACAGGGAAUGAGGGAACAGGAGGUGGGGGUACAGGGAAUGAGGGAACAGGAGGUGGGGGUACAUGGAAUGAGGGAACAGGAGGUGGGGGUACAGGGAAUGAGGGAACAGGAGGUGGGGGUACAGGGAAUGAGGGAACAGGAGGUGGGGGUACAGGGAAUGAGGGAACAGGAGGUGGGGGUACAGGGAAUGAGGGAACAGGAGGUGGGGGUACAGGGAAUGAGGGAACAGGAGGUGGGGGUACAGGGAAUGAGGGAACAGGAGGUGGGGGUACAGGGAAUGAGGGAACAGGAGGUGGGGGUACAGGGAAUGAGGGAACAGGAGGGAAUGGGGGAACAGGAGGUGGGGGUACAGGGAAUGGGGGAACAGGAGGUGGGGGUACAGGGAAUGGGGGAACAGGAGGUGGGGGUACAGGGAAUGAGGGAACAGGAGGUGGGGGUACAGGGAAUGAGGGAACAGGAGGUGGGGGUACAGGGAAUGAGGGAACAGGAGGUGGGGGUACAGGGAAUGAGGGAACAGGAGGUGGGGGUACAGGGAAUGAGGGAACAGGAGGUGGGGGUACAGGGAAUGAGGGAACAGGAGGUGGGGGUACAGGGAAUGAGGGAACAGGAGGUGGGGGUACAGGGAAUGAGGGAACAGGAGGUGGGGGUACAGGGAAUGGGGGAACAGGAGGUGGGGGUACAGGGAAUGGGGGAACAGGAGGUGGGGGUACAGGGAAUGGGGGAACAGGAGGUGGGGGUACAGGGAAUGAGGGAACAGGAGGUGGGGGUACAGGGAAUGAGGGAACAGGAGGUGGGGGUACAGGGAAUGAGGGAACAGGAGGUGGGGGUACAGGGAAUGAGGGAACAGGAGGUGGGGGUACAGGGAAUGAGGGAACAGGAGGUGGGGGUACAGGGAAUGAGGGAACAGGAGGUGGGGGUACAGGGAAUGAGGGAACAGGAGGUGGGGGUACAGGGAAUGAGGGAACAGGAGGUGGGGGUACAGGGAAUGAGGGAACAGGAGGUGGGGGUACAGGGAAUGAGGGAACAGGAGGUGGGGGUACAGGGAAUGAGGGAACAGGAGGUGGGGGUACAGGGAAUGGGGGAACAGGAGGUGGGGGUACAGGGAAUGGGGGAACAGGAGGUGGGGGUACAGGGAAUGGGGAACAGGAGGUGGGGGUACAGGGAAUGGGGAACAGGAGGGAAUGGGGAACAGGAGGUGGGGGUACAGGGAAUGGGGGAACAGGAGGUGGGGGUACAGGGAAUGAGGGAACAGGAGGUGGGGGUACAGGGAAUGAGGGAACAGGAGGUGGGGGUACAGGGAAUGAGGGAACAGGAGGUGGGGGUACAGGGAAUGAGGGAACAGGAGGUGGGGGUACAGGGAAUGAGGGAACAGGAGGUGGGGGUACAGGGAAUGAGGGAACAGGAGGGAAUGAGGGAACAGGAGGUGGGGGUACAGGGAAUGAGGGAACAGGAGGUGGGGGUACAGGGAAUGAGGGAACAGGAGGUGGGGGUACAGGGAAUGAGGGAACAGGAGGUGGGGGUACAGGGAAUGAGGGAACAGGAGGUGGGGGUACAGGGAAUGAGGGAACAGGAGGUGGGGGUACAGGGAAUGAGGGAACAGGAGGUGGGGGUACAGGGAAUGAGGGAACAGGAGGUGGGGGUACAGGGAAUGAGGGAACAGGAGGUGGGGGUACAGGGAAUGAGGGAACAGGAGGUGGGGGUACAGGGAAUGGGGGAACAGGAGGUGGGGGUACAGGGAAUUGGGGAACAGGAGGGAAUGAGGGAACAGGAGGUGGGGGUACAGGGAAUGAGGGAACAGGAGGUGGGGGUACAGGGAAUGAGGGAACAGGAGGUGGGGGUACAGGGAAUGAGGGAACAGGAGGUGGGGGUACAGGGAAUGAGGGAACAGGAGGUGGGGGUACAGGGAAUGAGGGAACAGGAGGUGGGGGUACAGGGAAUGAGGGAACAGGAGGUGGGGGUACAGGGAAUGAGGGAACAGGAGGUGGGGGUACAGGGAAUGAGGGAACAGGAGGUGGGGGGGAUGUUGACGUCAAUGUUGGGGAUACCGGCCAGCUGAGCGAGGCGCAGCUAGUCAUGCGCCUGCUGCACGUCAGCCUUACCGUUAUUCAGGCGCCUGCAGCGCGUAUUGCUGACGCACAUUAG